AUGAGAAGAGUAUUUGGAGUGUGCUCCGAUGGCUGGUUUCUUUGUGGACAGAAUGGCUCCCCCCACGGUUCGGUGAUGUCGUGCCAGUCGCUGGCGGCGCGCGCCUUCUCUGAGCCGGACAAAGACCCGCACUGUGCGUCGCGGGCAACCUUUCACAGAACGGUGCGCUUUAGUUCAGAUUCACGAAGUCAAAACACUCGAACAUCCACCGAUACAGAAUGCAAGAGGGAAACGUCUGGUUCGAUGUCUCUCAGUGCGAUCUCCAUGACGCCUGUGUCUCAGGACUCUGCCAUGAGUCAGUCGGCGCCCUCUGCCUCCACGACCUUCGAUAUCGAUGAUACGCCACACCCACCUCCGGCAUGCAGGUUCCCAAAGUUAGAGGAAUGUGCCCAUUUCCAUUACGAGAGGGUGUCCUUAGGGGGUAUAUCUGUGGAACUAUUGCCGUGUGAUUCGGACGGGGAUUCCCCGGGAGAGGGGGAGGGGUGGGUGUCUCUUAAAGUGAGGUCGCACGUGAGCGCGGCGGCGGCGGGAGCGGAGGCCCGCGCGCUCAGUGCUUCGUGGACGGAGGCCAGCGACGUGCGCGAGUGGACCCUCACGCGCAACAAGGAUCACUUCACUCAUCUAGAUGAUAUGCUGCACAGAUGUAUAUACGACAGGAAGGUGUCAGGCUUGCCCAAUCUGAAGGAAGCCAUGACGCCUGAUCUCUUGGAGAAUGAGAGUGAAUAUAGGCAGCUAAUAUCCGACUAUGUCCACCAUCUAUCUAUCAUAGCUGACGACUCCAUCAAUUGCGGGCCAGCCUUGAACUGGUUGCAAAUGGAUAAUAGAGGUCACAAGUUAUUAGUGUCGAAUGAAGACUCAAGUUCAAUAAACACGCCGGCGGUGGCCGCCGCGUACUCUGUGAGGAAAUAUGUAUCGCAGGCGCGAGAUGAAAUAAGUUUUGAUGUGGGAGAUAUGAUAUCGAUUAUUGAUAUGCCAGGCCCGCAGGAGUCGGUGUGGUGGCGCGGCAAGCGCGGCUUCCGCGUGGGCUUCUUCCCGCACCACUGCGUCGCCGUCAUCGGCGACAAGGUGCCGCGCCACAUGACGCAGCCGCCGCCCAUCGUCGGGUCGGUAGCGGUGGCGCCGAUCAAACCGGUGCUCCGCAAGCACGGCAAGCUCAUCUCCCUGUUCCGCAGCUUCAUACUGUCGCGGCCGUCGCGCCGGAGCCUCAAGCAGCAGGGCAUACUGCGGGAGAGGGUCUUCGGCUGCGACCUGGGGGAGCACCUGCUCAAUUGUGGACACGACGUGCCGCUGGUGCUGGCGGAGUGCGCGGCCGCCAUCGAGCGGCGCGGCGCGGCCGACGGCAUCUACCGGCUGUCGGGCGGCGCGGCGCUCACGCAGCGCCUGCGCGCCGCCUUCGACGCCGGCGCGCCGCCCGACCUCGCCGCGCCGCUGCAGCGCGACCCGCACGCGCUCGCCAGCCUGCUCAAGAUGUACUUCCGCGAGCUGCCCAACCCGCUGUGCACGUACCAGCUGUACGACGCGUUCGUGCGCGCCGUGCAGCAGCCGGAGGCGGCGCGGCUGCGCGCCGUGCGCGAGGCCGUGGCCAAGCUGCCGCCGCCGCACUUCCGCACGCUGGCGCACCUCAUGCGCCACCUGCGCCGCGUGUCGCUGCUCAGCGCCGCCACCGGCAUGACGGCGCGCAACAUGGCCAUCGUGUGGGCGCCCAACCUGCUGCGCUCGCCCGCGCCGCAGCACGCGCUGCAGGGCGUCGCCGUGCAGGCGGUGGUCACGGAGUUCUUAAUCUGCUACGCGGAAGAACUGUUCGCUCAAGAGCAAGGGGCUGACUCCGGGCCCAGUUCGUUAGAACAGGAUCAAUACGACUCCCACAUAGAGUUAAGGGGCCUGGAAGCUGGAAGACGACCCAAGAGCCUACCUCUCAACCCGCCUACUAAAUUGUUAAGCCUAGAGGAGGCCCGCCGCCGAGGCAGGUCGGUGGUGUGCGCGGAGUCGCCGGGCGCGCUCACGGCGGCGCUGCGGCCCGCCGGGCACCUGCAGCCCAAGUAUAUCGAGGUGGGCUCCGGCCCCAACAACCUGCCCCAGUACCAUACCGUUUUAGACCUGCCUAUACCCGGUUCCAAGCGUGCCCUGAAGAGGUCGCCCUCAGGCUGGCGCGGGCUGUUCAGCCGCAGCAAGCUGCAGCGCGCGCCGCCCGCCCUCGCGCCGCGCGCGCCGCACGCGCCGCCACACUUGGAGACGACGAGCCAGCUGGAGCCGCGCCUGCGGCCGGCCAAGUCGUGCGAGUCGCUGUCGUCGGAGGCGGACGCGCUGCCGCCGCUGGCCGCGCGCGCGCCGCCGCCCCUCAAGCAUCACACCAGGUCGGCGUCGUGCGACUCGUACUUCGAGCCGUGGCAGGCGGAGCUGGCCGGCAUGCGCCUGCGCCUGUCGCCGCAGGAGCGCGACACCAACAUGUUCAGCGAGGAGGACGACGCCCACGCCCACGCCCACCACCACCAGGACGACUCUCUAUGUUCUACGCCGCCGGAAUCAAACCCGUGCUCUGCGGUGCCAAGUCCAAGGAGAAACCGACUGGAUACGGAUUUGGCUGAAAGGAAGCGCGUGGCGCUGGAGCAGCUGGAGGCGCAGGUGGCGCAGCUCGGGUACAUCGACGCCGACGCGCCGCCCGCGCCCGCGCCCGCCGCCGCCAAGAGAAUAUGCAAAGACCGGGACAGCCCUUCGUCCUCGACGUCCGACUUUCACACGUCACUUACAAAUGUGAAACUCAGAGAACGAAAUUCGCCGAGAAAACAAAAAAAUUCUUCACGAUAUAGUGGUAUGCACCAUCCGGUUUUAACUGACCCUGAAAAACAAAACGUUUCGAGGUUAACAUGGCAUGGUAAAGACGGACAUUCAACUCUCAUCAAAAUAGAUUGGCCGGCGGAAAAUUCGUCUUUAAGUAAUCUGACAAGUAGUACAAUAAAUUCGAACCCGCUGACCCCCGUCACGCCUGUAUAUGACCCGCUUGAAAGUGAUUCGGAAGUUAGUGAUAACAAACACACAAUAACGAUCAAAAGCAACGAUUGCAAUAAUUGUGAUGAAGAGAAAUGUUUGAAAUGCGAAUUGAAGGCAACAGAUUAUGAAAAUAUGAAAGAUUUGUCUCACGAUUAUUCUGAACCUAACCUACACGAUAGUUUGGAUGCCAGUCCUUUACAUUCGACCGAUAUAAGCUACCAAAAUUUAAAUAGGCUAUCAGCAGUGUCGACUUCAUCGAAUUCGGACCAUCAUUCCCAUAAAAAAGAUGAUUUGAAGGUUAUGACGUCAUCGCACGAAAGUUCGUCCAGCUACUCCAAUGUCAGUUUCAAACAGGACGAAUUGUAUGAAUGCUACAAUUUUACACGGCCAAAUUAUAUAAAUUUGUCUUCGAGCACGUCCAAAAGUUCUCCCGCAUCUCCUUUAAAAAGUCCACUAAAAUCCACUAUAAGUAUUACAUUCCGGUCACCGGUUAGAGUUAAAACGCCAGAUUACGAGCCCAUAGGCAAUAUAGACACGCCUACAAAUGAAAGGGAUUCGGUGUAUGAGGAUAUUGAUCUCGAAAAAAAUUUGUCUAUAGUUGAGGACGCGUCAAUACCACAAACUGAUGCAAGCCUACCAACCCAACAGGCCUGCCAACCUGAAGAUUUCAAUCAGGACCUAAUCAUACUAGAAACACCAACAGAAUCAACCAUAGACAAUGUAGACGUGUACAGUCAAGUAAAAUUCUUCAGGAAAAGCAUAGAGGAAGUCAAUGCGAUGAUCCUAGAAACUCCCGAGAAAGAAUGUGAGACGGAAUACGAGAACGUGCCGUUUGAAAGUCAACGCGAUUACGAAAAUAUAAACGUUGAUACUCUUAAAAUCUGUGAUACAGUAGAAAUAAGUAAGGAAAAUAUUGAAAAAGAAAACGGUAACGUCAUAAAACCUAACACAACCAAAAAUAUUAAUGUACGCGAAUUAGCAAUACGUUUUGAGAGUCCCACAGAGCAAAAAGGACCGUUUACUUUUGAGAAAUUUAAAACUGAUGUCAAAUAUCCGUCUUUAGAGCGACAUGACGACACAGAUAGAAAAAAAGACUCUAAACCACCGCCAAUUUCACCAAAAACGUACAAAUUAUCUAAAAAUUCCAACGCUAGAUCGCUGGACGAGAAUGCGUUUAUCAAGGAAUUUGGUAACGACAAAAACAGACGGAAAAGUCUUGAAGUGAAAGACGUUAAACGUCAAUCUAAAUAUUUACCGGAUCUCAAUUUAAAUAUGGAAGAACCGGAAAUCAAAUUAGAAAGCAUAACUCCGACCACAGAGAAUAAACUGUCACUAAUCCAAAGAUUCGACACUAAAAAGCCGACGGAUUUAAAGAAUCUCAUAGGUUUUGAUACUGAGAAAAAAUUGAGUCGCGAGCGCAUAGAGAAAUAUAAAGAGGAACGUAGAAAUUUUCUGCGAGAGAAAUACAGUUCGCAGUCAUUCAGAAGUAACCCAGAACAAUUGACGAGGAUCAAGUUAAAAAAAGAAGAUAAAGACUGUGACAGAUUGAAAGAAGAUUUGCCCAAAUUCGAAAGGAGAAAUACAGUGGAUUUAGGGCAAAGAAUGAGGUUUUCAUUAGCUAGAAGUGCGAAUAAUCUAGACACAAUCCCGUCUCCGAUUAGUCCCGAGGGAUUGCCAAGGAACGGAGAAGCAAGUGAAUCCCGGGAUGACAGGAGAGAAAAAGUGUCACCGUCAUACAACAUACGCGACAUGGCCGCCAUUUUCGAGCAGAAAUCACAAAACAACGGU